AAAGAGUACUCCACUGGUGCCAGAAUCAAGGCUAUUUAUAUGCUUGAGGACAAGAAGUCUUUGGGACAAAUCAAAGAAGCUACAGGAGUACCCAAAACAGCUCUUUAUCGACUCGCAGCUGUGGCUAGGGAGCGUGGAUGGGUAGAGAACAAGAAUAUGCCUUUGGAGGUCUCCCAUGUACUCAAUGCACCAAGAUCUGGUCGACCUGCAAUCUUCUCCGAGGCAAUUAAGUGUGUUUUGAAAGUUGUUCUUCAAAAUUCUACUACGAGAGGCUUUUCUUGUAUAACGAUUGCAAAAGAAGUAAGAAAGCGGGGUCAUGAGAUUGCACCAAGAACAAUUUGGAAGGUUCUUACGCAUGCAGGCUACUCUCAAUGUAAAUUAACGGUCAAACCUGGUUUAAACGAGCUAAAUAUGGCGGAGCGAUUGGCUUGGUGUUUGGAGAGAGAGCAUUAGAUACUUGAGGAAUGGAAGGAUGUCAUUUUUACGGACGAAACUGCGGUGUAAUUGGGAAGUACGAGAGGAAAGAGAAGAGUAUGGAGAUUACCUGGAGAAGCGUAUAAUAAGCAUUAUAUAAAACGAUAUUGGAAAGGCUUUUCUGAAUUUAUGUUCUGGGGAUCGUUUUCAUAUGACAAGAAGGGGCCUUGCUAUGUAUGGGAGAAGGAGACUCCUCAAGAGAAGAAAGAGAGAAAGGCUGAUUUGGAUGCGAGGAAUUCGUUAAUUGAGAAGGCGAAUAAACAGAAGUGGGAAAAGGAGCAAAGGAAGUGGCUAAGGGAUUGGAUAAAGGCAUAUGGACGGGCUCCUGGAGGGAUACGAAAAACUUGGAAGUACAAUGAGGCU